AUGGACUCUGUUGUCACUGAGGUAACUUACGGUCUAGAGAUCAAGAAGAUCAAGAAGAUCACGGAUCUGCCAUUUCCGGUCAGACAGGACUCUCCUUUAACCGAGGUGCUUCCUGCAGAUCUGAAGACCAAAGAUAAUUUCGUCGCUAGAGAUCCCGACCUUCUUAGACUUACUGGUUCGCACCCAUUCAACUCUGAGCCGCCACUGGGAAAGCUCUACAACUCUGGGUUUCUCACCCCAGUGAGUCUUCAUUUUGUCAGGAACCAUGGUCCUGUUCCUUACGUUCCUGAUGAAAGUAUUUUAGAUUGGGAAGUUUCAAUUGAAGGCAUGGUCGAGACUCCAUACAAAAUCAAAUUGUCGGAAAUAAUGGAACAGUUUGAUAUCUAUACAACUCCCGUGACUAUGGUCUGUGCUGGAAACAGGAGAAAGGAGCAGAACAUGGUAAAAAAGGGGACCGGUUUCAACUGGGGAGCAGCUGGAACAUCCACCUCUCUUUGGACAGGUUGCAUGCUUGGAGAUGUGAUUGGCAAGGCCAGACCCUUGAAAAGAGCCAGAUACAUAUGGAUGGAAGGUGCAGACAACCCAGCAAACGGUGCAUACGGUACCUGUGUUCGCUUAAACUGGGCUAUGGACCCUGAACGAUGCAUUAUGAUGGCAUACAAACAGAACGGCGAGUGGCUGCAUCCUGACCAUGGAAAGCCGCUCCGAGUAGUGAUCCCUGGUGUCAUUGGUGGACGAUCAGUCAAAUGGCUAAGAAAAUUAGUGGUGAGCGACCGACCUUCUGAGAACUGGUACCACUAUUUCGAUAAUCGUGUUCUGCCAACAAUGGUGACUCCAGAAAUGGCCAAAAGUGAUGACAGGUGGUGGAAAGACGAGCGAUAUGCCAUUUACGACCUGAACUUGCAAACAAUCACUUGCAAGCCUGAAAACCAGCAGGUUAUCAAGAUUUCGGAAGACGAGUACGAAAUUGCAGGUUUUGGCUACAAUGGAGGUGGAAUCAGAAUAGGCCGAAUUGAGAUCAGUCUCGACAAGGGGAAGACCUGGAAACUGACCGAGAUUGACUAUCCAGAAGACAGAUAUAGGGAGGCUGGAUAUUUCAGGUUGUUUGGCGGACUUGUGAACGUUUGUGACAGAAUGAGCUGCUUGUGCUGGUGCUUCUGGAAGCUCAAGGUUCCUAUUUCUGAACUAGCGGCGUCAAAAGAUAUUCUCGUCCGUGGAAUGGACGAGCGUAUGGUGGUCCAGCCGCGCACAAUGUACUGGAACGUAACGUCUAUGCUGAACAAUUGGUGGUAUAGGGUUGCUAUUAUCCGUGAGGGUGACAAUCUUCGAUUUGAGCAUCCGGUGGUGGCCAACAAGCCUGGCGGCUGGAUGGACAGGGUCAAGGCAGAGGGUGGAGAUAUUCUGGACAGUAAUUGGGGCGAAGUGGACGACACGGUCAAGCAGACAGAAAGAAAGCCGCGUGUUGAUGAGGAUAUCGAAAUGAUGUGCAACCCAGACAAAAUGGAUGUCAUUAUCAGAUACUCAGAGUUUGAGGCACACAAGGACAGCGAGACAGAGCCCUGGUUUGCUGUAAAGGGUCACGUUUUCGAUGGCAGCUCGUAUCUGGAAGACCAUCCGGGAGGAGCACAAUCGAUCUUGAUGGUGAGCGGCGAAGAUGCCACCGACGACUUUAUUGCUAUUCACUCAUCUUAUGCCAAGAAGUUGCUUCCUCCCAUGCACUUAGGAAGACUUGAAGAUGUCAGCUCUGUUACCAAAGUAGAGUCUGUCGCGGAAAAUGUCAAGCGAGACGUUUUGCUCGAUCCGCGAAAAUGGCACAAGAUAACACUUGCGGAAAAAGAGAUCAUCUCUUCCGACUCGAGAAUAUUCAAAUUCGACCUUGAGCAUCCAGAACAGCUUAUUGGUCUCCCAACGGGUAAACACUUGUUUCUGAGGCUUAAAGAUUUAUCUGGCAAGUAUGUGAUGAGAGCAUACACCCCUAAAUCAAACAAUACUCUGCGAGGUCGUCUGGAAAUACUGAUAAAGAUUUACUUUCCAAAUAAGGAAUACCCCAACGGCGGAAUUAUGACAAAUCUUAUCGAAAACCUGCAGGUGGGGAACCAAAUCGAGGUGAAAGGACCUGUCGGCGAAUUUGAGUAUGUCAAGUGCGGGAAGUGCAUUUUCAACAACAAGCCUUACCAGAUGACGCAUUUCGUAAUGAUUUCGGGAGGAUCGGGCAUCACCCCAACUUAUCAGGUCUUGCAGGCUAUUUUCAGCGAUCCUUCCGAUAGAACAUGCGUGCAAUUAUUUUUCGGUAACAAAAAAGCCGACGACAUCCUGCUUCGAGAAGAGCUUGACAACCUUCAGAAAAGACACCCGGAACAAUUCAAAGUUGACUACUCGUUGUCGGAUUUGCAGAAUCUGCCGGAAAGCUGGAACGGGUUGACAGGCAGGCUAACGUUCAACAUUCUGGACAACUACGUCCAGGGAAAAAACACGGGGGAGUAUAUGCUACUGGUAUGUGGACCGCCGGGAAUGAACGGUGUGGUCGAAAACUGGUGCAAAGCGCGCAACUUGGAUAAACAGUAUGUAGUGUACUUCUGA